AGAGCUUGUAGCCAAGACAUCAAACCUUGAGAAUGUAAAGUUUGCUUGGCAUAACGAGACAUCAUCUGAAUAUCAAAGAAGAAUGUUGGAGAAAAAGGAGGUUCAAAAGUGGGACUUUAUUCAUAUGAUUCAGAUGCUGUAUUAUGUAAAAGACAUCCCAGCUACCCUGAAAUUCUUCCAUAGUCUCUUAGGUACCAAUGCUAAGAUUCUCAUUAUUGUUGUGUCAGGAAGCAGUGGCUGGGACAAGCUGUGGAAAAAGUACGGAUCACGCUUACCCCAGGAUGACCUGUGCCUAUAUGUCACAUCAGAUGACCUCACUCAGAUGCUGGACAACCUAGGGCUUAAGUAUGAGUGCUACGACCUUUUGUCCACGUUGGACAUAUCUGAUUGCUUUACUGAUGGUAAUGAAACUGCAGACCUGCUUUGGGAUUUUUGGACUGAAACCUGCAACUUUAAUGCCACAGCACCACCUGAUCUCAAAGCAGAGCUUGUGAAAGAUCUACAAGAGCCUGAAUUUAGUACUAAGAAAGAGGGGAAGGUUCUUUUUAAUAAUAAUCUGAGUUUCAUAGUGAUUGGGGCAUAAUUAUCAAUCACAAAAGUAUAUUCAAAAAUUAUAUUUUGAACAACUCUGAUUGCUCAUUUAUUUCCAUAUUAAAAUUACAAACACAUACGUUAAUGUAGAUAAAGCACUGUUUGGAUAUGAGAAGUAGUGAAUUCCAAGACA